AUGGGUGUCACCGGGCUCUGGACAGUGGUUCAGCCCUGUGCUCGGCCUAUCAAACUCGAAACCCUCAACAAGAAACGGCUAGCUGUCGACGCGUCCAUCUGGAUCUAUCAGUUCCUAAAAGCCGUACGCGAUAAAGAGGGCAAUGCACUGCGCAACUCCCACGUUGUGGGAUUCUUCCGCCGGAUAUGCAAGCUGCUGUAUUUCGGAAUUCGACCUGUCUUUGUCUUCGAUGGCGGCGCACCAGUUCUCAAGCGACAGACGAUCGCAAGUCGCAAGAAGAGACGCGAGGGCCGUAGAGAAGAUGCUGUAAAGACGGCGGGAAAGCUACUUGCAGUGCAGAUGCAACGGACUGCUGAAGAAGAAGCCGCAGAACGCCGUCGAAAUCGGAAACGCGCGCAGGAACCUGAGGAGGCCGUCCCCGAUGCACCUGUCUAUGCGGAUGAGGCUCUCAUGACCGAACAGGAGAAACAGCAAACCCGCAAAUUCAAGAAGAAGGACGCUUAUCACUUACCCACCAUGGAUGUUUCUCUGGAAGAGAUGGGCGCUCCGAAUGACCCACGUAUCAUGUCUCAAGACGAACUGGAAGAAUAUGCGCGGCAGUUCCACCAGGGACAAGAUAUUAACCUCUACGAUUUUUCCAAGAUAGACUUUGACAGUCCUUUCUUCCUGAGUCUGCCUGCGACAGAUCGAUAUAAUAUCUUAAAUGCCGCGAGGCUCAGGAGUCGCCUGAGAAUGGGUUAUUCCAAGGAACAGCUGGAUACCAUGUUUCCAAAUCGUAUGGACUUUUCGAGAUUUCAAAUCGAGCGUGUGAAAGAGCGAAAUGACCUGACGCAACGACUAAUGAACAUCAACGGCAUGAAUGGCGAAGAGGCUUUUUUCAACUCCGGUCAACGAAUCGCUGGCGAGCGUGGCAGGGAAUAUGUCCUGGUCAAAGAUAGAGAACAUGAGGGCGGCUGGGUGUUGGGUGUUGUUGGAAACAAGGAAGCAGGGCAAGAGGACAAACCUAUUGAUGUGGAUCAAUACGGUAUGCCCGAGGUCUUGUCGGGGUCAGAGGACGCGUCAGAUGAAGAAGAAUUUGAGGAUGUUCCGAUCGAGGGACUCAACAGGCUGCCGAAACUCCCAUUUCUGAAAGAAGGCGUUUUCGAUCAGUCCCUCCAUCAAGCGCAGGAAGAUGCAGACAUGCAAAGAGCACUCUUUGAGUCUCGCCAAGGCAAACGAGGCUCUAUCGCAAAUACUGAUGAUGACGCACUUUUCGUCCAAGAUGAAAAUCACACCGAAGACUUCUUCAACGAUGAUGGAGAUGACGAUCUUGAAAAAGCGAUUGCUCUCUCAAUGCACCCGAAUGAAGGGCAUGACGAAGAUAUGCCCGACAUCAACAUCAAUCGACCGGCAGACAUGGCAAUGCCUCCUGAGCCUGUGGCAGAUCUGUCCUCCGAGAGCGAUGACGAUGGAAUGGACUUUUCAGCUGCGAUUGCACAGACAAAGGUCUCAAAGAAGCCGCGCACUCAGAAUCCAUUCAGUGGUCCUCUUCCCUUCGAAUCCAUCAAACUCAACAAGACCACUAAAGCCGCCGAGCCUGCUCCUGAGAUUGAUGAGAAUGCUGGAGGUUUCAUUAAGGAGCCUACAAAAAAGAAGAAAACCGAUCCGCUUCCUCCAUGGUUUGUUGGCGAGCGAGUGAAUGAGGAAUUCAUCGUGGAUAAACCCUUCGACGAUCGGGAUGAUGCCACAGAUCAUGAUCAUGUGGUUUUUACGAAUCGCCGAUCACCAGAGAUCAUUGAUGUCGAUGGCAUGCCAGACACAAAAGAGAUCGUUGAUCUAGAAGAGCCAGAGGAAAGGGAAAGGGAGACCAAGGCUCAUGAUAAAAACAUUCCAGAUGUGCAACAGAUGAAGCAUGAAUUUGUCGAGGCUGAGCCUUUGGAGAAGCCGGUUGGAAAGAAAGCUCCCACCGAGGAACUCCGUACUGAAUUUACAUCUACAUCCAACAAGGAAGAAGAGCUCAAUGUUCGACUACCGCCUCCCCAUACUGAGCCUUCCCCGGAACCCGAGUUUGAAGACGUUGUGGGCCAGGCACCAGCUCCGGAUCCUGAAACUUCGAUAGUAGCUGAUCAACACAAGCCUACUCCGGACCAGACGGAAGAGUCCAGCGUCCAGGAACAACCUUCUCCCGCUGAACUCUCUCCUGAACCAGAUUUUGAAGAUGUCCUAGCCCAACCGCCAGCCCAAGCUCCAGAAAUCACAGUGGUCUCCGAUCAGCAUCCCAAGCCGCAAGAUGAACCUAUCCAACCUGAACUAUAUGUCGAAGACGACGGCGAGUUCAGCGAUCCGGAAGACGAAGAUCUUUUGCAACAGCUUGCCGCCGAAGGAGAAGAACACGCCCGAUUUGCGCAGACCCUCAACUCGGCAGUACCCAUUCAGGAUGCCUUUGACUACGAACAAGAGCUGAAACAGCUCCGAAACCAGCAGCGAAAAGACCGGCGUGAUGCAGAUGAGGUGACUCAGAUCAUGAUCAACGAGUGCCAGCAGCUGCUCACACUCUUCGGGUUGCCAUACAUUACUGCACCCAUGGAAGCCGAAGCGCAGUGCGCCGAGCUCGUUUCAUUGGGCCUCGUGGACGGUAUCGUCACGGAUGAUAGUGAUAUCUUCCUCUUUGGAGGCACUCGAGUCUACAAGAACAUGUUCAAUCAGAGCAAGUUCGUAGAAUGUUACCUUACGUCCGACUUUGAGAAGGAGUAUGCCCUCCACCGGCGCAAGCUCAUUAGCUUUGCGCAUCUCCUAGGCAGUGAUUACACGGAAGGCAUCCCCGGAAUCGGUCCGGUCACAGCGCUGGAGAUCAUCACCGAGUUCUCAAGUCUGGAAGAGUUUCGUGACUGGUGGGGAGAAGUCCAAAUGGGUGUGGUCAAGCCGGACGACGUCCACCAGGCCUUUUGGAAGAAGUUUCGGAAAAAGGCCUCGAAGAUCUUCCUGAGUACUUCAUUCCCCGACACUCGAGUAGACGAGGCCUACCUCGAGCCCGAGGUCGACUCCGACCCGUCGCAGUUCCAAUGGGGCAUCCCAGACCUGAACGGUCUGAGACAUUUCCUCAUGGCGACGAUCGGCUGGAGUCAGGAACGGACCGACGAGAUCUUGGUACCGGUCAUCCGAGAUAUGAACCGGCGCGAGCAGGAAGGCACACAGUCGAACAUUACGCAGUACAUGCAGGGACCGCAAGGCGCCGGGGCCUUUGCGCCCCGAGUCCGCGGCAGCGGGCCCAGCCGCAUGGAGAAGGCGUUCAACCGACUGCAGCAACAAGCUCAAGGGGAAGAUACGUCACCCAGGGCCGAUGGAGAAGGUUCGGGGUCGAGGGGUAAACGAGGGGUAUCCAAGAAAGCGAGCGCUAAGGCUGGCACGAGCAAGAAACGCAAGACGAACUGA